AGGUGUGGCUCAUCCUACUUAUCAUGACUCUUCACCUUCGUCGAGGCCCUUACCGUGCAGAAGCAUCGCCAUCGAGCCGCAUAAAGUUGUUGGUUUCUUCUUUCCUCGUCAUCAGCCGCAUUCAGAGAAUCUGCCAUGAAGGAUUCCACGCGAGCACACGCCGACCCGCCCGCCACAGGCGCACCAACAAGGCCAGCUCCCACUUUGCCGCACAUCACAGCUGCGUCUCUCGCUGCGUCGUUCUCCACCAGUCCGCCCAGCGGCACCGCCGUGGACGAGUACGACCGGCAAGAUGUCUCCGGCAUUCUCCCACCCAGCCGGCGCUCCUCCGCGGCGGACGCGUCGCUCUCGUGGCUGACCCGUAAAGCAUCAUCGCAGGGGGGCGAUAAAGAUCACACCAGAAGUGGCAGCAGCAGCAGCAGCCAGAAGAAGACGGAGGUGGUACUGACACCCGCACUGCCGCCACAGCUAUUCGAGGCUACAGCCGCAGCAUCUGGGCUCGCUGCGCCGCUGAAGUUCAUCUCCGCAACGGCGGUGACGCCGGCAGAUGUAUCGGAGGAAGAGAAAAAAGGUACGACAACUACGCCACGUUGGCGGAGCGCCGACGCCGCAGCACCGGCGGUAGGGCGGACACCGACUUCCACCUUGACGAUUUCGGAUCCCUUCGAGAGCCCACCGAUUGAGGCAGCCAACACGGCACCACCACCGCUGGCAACGUCAGCACCUGCCAGCAGCAAGGACAUGCCGUCCGGCCUCCCCCGCUACCGCUUUGGUGAUGUCGACGAACCCUCCCCCUUGCGCCCCUCGACCGUUGCGGCGAGUGGCCCGCGUGAGGUGACGGUCACGGGGCCACCCCCGCAAGUCUCCCCCGCUCCAUCCUCGCAGACACAGCAGCAUCAACGCGACGACCACGUUGAUACAGAAACGCUCACAGAAGGCAAUAAGGAGAGCCGCGCUGUGAAGAGCGACACGACAGUCAACGCUGCAGCGCUCACCACGGCCGCUGUGGCGGUGGCACAACCGCCAAACCAGUCAUCACACCUCGGUGCGCCAAUUCCGUACGCUUGCCGUCUUAGCAGCAGCAGCAGCAGUCGCAGCGGCAGCAGCAUCAGCGCAACUCAUCGGGCUUCACACGCAGCAAACUCCGCUGUAGGCGCCGCCGCCCACGUGCGCUUCUCAUCCGAUGUCAACGAGGUCGAGGCAACUCCGCGUACGUCCGCCGCAUUCAUUGCAGCUGCCUCGCCAGCGCAGCGCUCUGCGACGGAGAUGCGGGCAGUCGUUGCCGUUGAGGAUGGCAGGAGUGACGGAGACGGUGCGAGGCACGACGGACGCGGUGAGGGCGGCAGCGGCCAUCACCAACACGAUUUCCCGCGUGGACACCGACACGAAGGAGAACGCGGAAACAGCCUCGACAUGCCUGCCCUGCCGCUGCUGCUGUCGCCCGAUGAGCUGCAGCAGGAGAGACUAAAGGUCUACGAUCAGACAUCUGGAAGGGGUUCAGGCAGCUGCGCCAACAACGGUGAUGGUGCGGAGCGACAUCAACGUGACGCCCACCACCACUACCACACGACCGAGGAGGGCGAAGACAUCGGCGACGAGGGUGCAGUCGCACCUCGCAGAGAUGUGGGCGUGGAGAGGAAGGAAAGCCGCGGAAUGGGAAGCGGCAGCGUCAGCAACAACAGCGAUCCCCACCACCGCAGCAGCAAAGCUCCAGAAGACCACGGCGACGUCGCGACUCUCGACUUCUUAAAGGACACGACGGCCACCCUUCUCCCUGACGCCUUCACCAGCAUGUUCGCCUCCACCACACACUUCUUGCGGAGUGGCACCGACGCAAUGGUCAGCGCGGUCCCGCCGCCGCUGCGCCGGGCGAUGCGCAAAACCGGGGAAGGCAUCGCCGCCGCCGCGGACGUGACGGGGUCGAUGUUGUCGAACGUCAGCGCGUACGCUAUGCGCGGCGUGCCGGACCGGGUGAUGUCGCCCGAGUGGAAGUACCUCGUCUUUGUCGACGCGGUGAACGUUCUCAAGUGCUCGCUGAACGUCAACAUUCUGGUCGCGCCGUACGUUUUCCGCAUGGCUGGCCUUGUCGGCGGGCUGCUGCUGAUCGUGGUGAUGCAGGUGGUGUGCUGCUACUACACGGAGGUGUACUUCAAGGCAAAGGGCGAGUUGCAGAGCGCCAACCAGGUCAUCAUGUACGGCGAUGUCCCUCGCAUCACCUUCGGUCGCUGGUACCCGACCUUCCAGCUGUGGUACGAGGGAAUCGCGCUGGUGGCCACCGUGGCCUACGCGGCCCUCAACAUGCAAGCACUGCUCCCGCACAUGCACAUCACCGGCAACGCCGCCAAGGCGCUCAGCUUCAUCAUCCCCUCGCUUUUCUGUUUACCCCUUGCGUUCAUGAAGCGGGCCCGCACGCAGCAGUCGAUGAUGACCCUCGCUAGUCUUCUCAUCUUUAUCGCUCUUGUCAUGAUGUUUGCCGUGUUCCCGUACGGCAGCGUGAUGGCAGUCACCAUCGGCACCAUCGAAGGCAACCCUAACGCGGCGGUGCUGCAACUCUUUCCGCCGUCGGCGCCGGAGUUCUUCGUCGCCAUCAGCAUCUGCGUGUUUAUUCUUACCCCGCUGAGCCAGGCAGUGCCGGUGGAGCGGACAAUGCAGCCGCGGCGCUACGUUAAGCUGCUGCGCGUGAGUGUACUGAUAAGCACGGUGGUGUACAUCGCGUUCGGUGUGUGCGCCAUCGUCUCCUACGGCUCUCACACGUGUUCUGUCCUGUCGACCUCCUUCGGCAACCACAACACAAACGUGGAGGUGGCUGUCAUGUCGCUGCUCUUCUUCGCCUUUCUCUUUUACAUCCCGCUGAACAUGUUUGAGCUGGGUGAGCUGUGUGACCGACGCGUGCUGGGGUGGCGCGCCAUUCCCCGCUACGGCGAGUUUGGCCCAAACACGCUGCGCAUCUUCGUUCUGGUGGGCAGCGCGCUGCUUGCGUGGUGCAUCCCCUACUACGGGCUGCUCAUUGCGCUGGCGGGGUGUCUCGGCUACAGCAUCGUUGCGAUUCUCAUCCCAGCCGCCUUGGACUACGUGUGCCGUGCGCGGCGUGGACUGCUGCGAGGCCGCAUGCCGCGCUUUCUCGACUACGUUAUUACCUUCAGCGGGGCAGCGCUGGGCGGUGUGAUUUGCCUGGUGGGUGUCAUCAUGACGUCAUACGAAAUGUGGCUGGUUAUCCAGUCUGGCUACUCCACAACGUGCUAG